CAGCCCAUCUCGCUCCCGCUUUCCCAUCGCUCUCGCGCGUCCCUGUCCGCGGGAAUCCACCUCAGUCCAGCCACACCGCAAUGCUGCUGCGUCUGCCUCUGCGUGCUCAACACCUCCGCUGCAUAAAAGCAACCCUCCCUUCUCUCCCUCACUUCCCCGUCGCGCUGUCUACCUCUCUCUCUCUCUCAUCACAGCACAGCUCCAGCUCUAGGCUGUAGAGGGUGGAAGAAGCGAGGUCGAGUCACAGAGGCCUGCAGCAACCGUCUGCGCUGAGCAUCGAGGCCGCGCUCUGCAGUCUGCUGUCUGCUCUCCCUCGAUAAGCCGGGUUCCAAGCUAGCUCUGCAGAGUGUGAGCUCUGACUGAACACGAAGUGAUUGGCGGCUUCUCAUCGAUCGAUGGUUGUGUUGUGCUGGCCAUCUGAGCGAUGAACCAGUUCGUCCCUGAUUGGAGCAACAUGGGAGACACCUCCAGGCCGCUCGGCGAAGAAGACGACCUCAUCGAGCUGCUAUGGUGCAACGGCCAUGUCGUCAUGCAGAGCCAGAGCCACCGGAAGGUGCCGCCGAGGCCGGAGAAGGCGGCGGCAGUGGCGGCUCCACCAGCCCCCGCGUCCGUGCCGCAGGAAGACGAGGGCGGCCUGUGGUUCCCCUUCGCGCUGGCCGACUCGCUGGACAAGGACAUCUUCUCGGAGUUCUUCUGCGAGGCACCGACGCCGGCACCGGCGGCGGCGGAUGCGGCGCCGGCGGCCUCUGGUGGUGGAACCGGCACCGAAGCCGGCGGCAAGUCGUGCGGCGGGGACGUCCCAGUCCCAGCAGAGGACGACAGGCGCGGCGGCGGCGGGGCGUGCGCGGUGUCGGCGGGGGACCCGUGCGACCUGAUGCCGCCUCCCAAGUCGACGCCCGCGUCCUGCUCCAGGCAGCAGACGACGAUGAGCCUGGCCAACGGCGGCGACAAUGCCGGAGGGGACCUGCCGGGCCUCGUCCGUGCGGGGGCGGAGGCCGGCGCGUCGUCGAUGCUGAGCGCGAUCGGGUCCAGCAUCUGCGGGAGCAACCAGGUCCUGGUGCAGCGCGCGGCGUGCGCGCCGGGGCGCGCGUCCGCGUCCGGCUCCGGAACCGCCCGCGGCGACGGGUCCGGGUCCGCCGCGCUGCCGUCGGCGGUGGGCAGCGCGAACGCGAACGCCGUGGGCGGCGGCAGGGGCCACGAGGCGUCCUCGUCGGGGCGGUCCAACUACUGCUGCUUCGGCGCCGCCACCACCACAACCACAACCACCACCACGGAGCCCGCGAGCACCAGCAACCGGAGCAGCAAGCGCAAGCGGCUCGACACCGAGGACUCGGAGAGUCCCAGCGAGGACGCGGAGUCGGGGUCCGCCGCGAUGUUGGCGCGCAAGCCGCCGCAGAAGAUGACGACGGCGCGGAGGAGCCGCGCCGCCGAAGUGCACAACCUGUCGGAGCGGAGGAGACGAGACAGGAUAAACGAGAAGAUGAGAGCCCUGCAAGAGCUCAUACCUCACUGCAACAAGACGGACAAGGCGUCAAUGCUUGACGAGGCGAUCGAGUACCUCAAGUCGCUGCAGCUGCAAGUGCAGAUGAUGUGGAUGGGCAGCGCCGGCAUCGCGGCGCCGCCGGCGGUGAUGUUCCCCGGCGUACACCAGUACCUGCCUCGGAUGGGCGUCGGGAUGGGCGCGGCAGCGGCGGCGGCGCUGCCGUCCAUGCCGCGGCUGCCGUUCAUGGCCCCGCAACCGGUGGUGCCCAGCGCGCCGGUGAGCGUGGGCCCGGUGCCGGCCUACCGGGGCCACAUGCCCGCGGUGGGCAUCACGGAGCCGUACGGGCACUACAUCGGCGUCAACCACCUGCAGCCGGCGCCGCCGCCACCGCAGGUCCAGCACUACGCGCAGGGCGUGAGCUACUACCCGCCGCCGCUGGGGGCGACGGCGAAGGCCGUGCAGCAGGCUGCAGAGCUUCACCACGUGCCGGGGCCCGGCGGCAGCAUCAUGCCCGCCGGCGCCGCACCCGGAGUGCUGCUCCCGGAGAGCGCGCAAGGCAGAGGGCCAGGUACGGUGCCAUGCGCUCCGCCCUUCUCAUCCUCCGCUUCAGUUUUUGGGCUACAAAUGGGAGCACUACGAUGAGAUGACAACUGCGGCCCUGUACAAGAAUCUACUGUUCGCUUCAGUUUCUACGGGUUUGCAUCUCGAUCGACGAGUUCGGUUCUUGCCGAAUAAAGUUGGGUAGCGUGUAAAGCGAGGGGACAAGUACGAUACGGUUUGACUGUUUCAAGCCUUCCAUCACUUACCAUCGGCAUCUCUGCUGUCAACGAAAUCGGAGGAGUUAGAGCUGGAUUACGUGCCUCAAGGUUUGCCACAUGGGCCACAUUUAGUGCUAGAUCGUUUUGGGGGACCCAUGCGCUAGUAAAGAAUCCUUUUAUUUUUGUGCCUCCUCACGGUCUAAACGAUCUUAUAAACCAGGGGAAAUAUUCAAAACUUAUAAAUUUUUAUCAAUAAUUAGUGAAAUUGUUAGAGCAUAGAACUUAUAUCAAUAGGUUUGUGUUAAAAAUAACUCUAAAAUGGUAUUGAUUUUUUAUCCUCUGGCUUUAUAUUAUAAAAUAAAAUAAUGAUUAAAAAAUAGUUUACAUGACUUUUCUUUCUCUAGUUUAAUAUCAUUACUAUUUUUAGAUGGAGGGUAGAUGGGAGUGGCUUUUUGUUUGUAGCUCAAGCUCCUUAGCUCUAUGAUACACUAACUUUUGUGAGGAACACAUGGAAAUUGAUAAGAGUGAUUAUGACUGGAAUUGAAUAGAAAGCAGUGAGAAACAUAUUUUUAGCUCCUAUAUCUUCCAGUUUAUAUGGUGAAGUACUUCUUGACUAAUCCACACUAACAUAUAUGUGCAAUUGCUGUUUGGCUAGCCGGAAAUGAUUUUUAAUCGAUAAUCCGCUCCAUGGAGCGCUACCAAGUGGCCUCUAAUUCUUAGCUCCUGCUCCUUAAUCUCUGAUGGAGUGAUUCUAGUUAGAGAGAGAUUAAUAAGGUGGGACAGUACGUGUGGAAAGCGAUUUAGGUGACAUUUGUAACUGGAGUAGUGAAAAGGAGUUAUUUCUCCUAGGUUCUAGUGUAAAUAAAGAAGUAUUUUAUUUUGUCAA